ACAGCAGCUGGUAUUCGGGUGAUUAAAUAGUUCUCGUAGCCUUUUUGCUGUACUCUGACUGCUCCCUGGUGUAAUUCUCGUGUCCAGGAAGGAAGCUGCAUUUUAACAGUGUGCUGAACAGGGGUUUGAAUCAUUCCAGCUGGCUGCUUGUUUUGAAAAGGACAAUGUGUGUAUAAAUAAAAUGAGGCUGUGCUAGAAGAGUUCAGUUACCAGGGACUGGAGCUAAAGGAGUCUUCCUGGGAUAUUGUUGAGGCAGAUGGUGUCAACAGAACUACUCCGAAUUUACCUGAAGCUAAGUGAAUCUGAAUUGUGGAUAUCUCUUUUUCCGACCCUGGACAAAUUCAAGUUAGAAAAGGAAGAGCUGUUCUUCUCUAGAUAAUGACAAAAGGAUUAUUCAUCCAUCUUUGUUCCUGGAUUUCUUCAAAGACAGUCUUGCCAGGUUCAGGUUUCCAGCACACUGACCUUCAGCCUUAACUCUGUUUUUUUGUUUUGUUUUGCUUUGGUAAGCUCCCCCGACAUAUGUGCAUGUCUGGCAAUGGUCACAUAAACCUGUGGGGAGUGGUACGAGCACCAUAGCAUGUUCUAUGCACUAUGGCACUUUAGGGGAAGAGAUCAGAGAGCGACACUGAACGUGUUUUAAAAAAAAAUGAAUCUUAUUGUGAAGCUUCGUAGAAGUUUCCGAACCCUAAUCAUCCUGUUAGCCACCUUCUGUUUGGUGAGCAUCCUCAUCUCUGCGUAUUUUCUCUACACUGGCUACAAACAAGAGAUGGCACUUAUUGAAACCACCACCGAAGUGGAAUGUGCUGAUGUUAAACUCUUGCCCUACCGGUCGAUAGAGCUGAAAACGGCUAAACCGAUUGAUACGUCAAAGACCGAACCCACAGUCUUGCUCUUCGUAGAGAGCCAGUAUUCUCAGCUUGGGCAAGAUGUCAUAGCCAUCUUGGAAUCCAGCCGAUUUCAGUAUCACAUGGUCAUUGCCUCCGGCAAGGGGGAUAUCCCUCCUCUCACAGAAGACGGAAAAGGGAAAUACACACUGGUGAUUUAUGAAAACAUCUUGAAGUAUGUCACCAUGGACUCAUGGAAUAGAGAGCUUUUGGAAAAAUACUGUGUGGAAUACAGUGUUAGCAUAAUUGGUUUUCAUAAAGCCAAUGAGAACAGCCUUUCGAGUAUGACACUAAAAGGCUUUCCGCUGCACCUUUACAAUAAUGUUGCCCUGAAAGACUGCUUUGUAAACCCUCGGUCUCCUCUGCUGCAUAUUACCAAAGCACCGUGGGUUGAGAAAGGUCCACUCCCUGGAGAGGACUGGACGAUUUUUCAAUUUAACCAUUCAACCUACCAGCCUGUGCUUCUAACUGAGUUGCGGACUCCCAAGACUCUCCCCGAAUCCUUGUCUAGCUCUGCCUUUCAUGCUACGGUGAUCCAGGAUUUGGGACUUCAUGAUGGGAUCCAGCGAGUCCUUUUUGGCAACAACUUGAACUUUUGGUUACACAAACUCAUCUUCAUAGAUGCCGUCUCCUUCCUGUCAGGGAAGAAGCUCUCGCUGUCCCUGGACAGGUACAUUCUCGUAGACAUCGAUGACAUCUUUGUGGGGAAAGAAGGAACAAGGAUGAAUAUUGAGGAUGUGAAGGCAUUACUAGAGACUCAAAAUUUACUGCGCACUCAUGUUGCAAAUUUUACCUUCAACCUUGGAUUUUCAGGGAAGUUUUACCACACAGGAACUGAGGAGGAAGAUGAAGGUGACGACCUCCUGCUGGGGUCUGUGGAUGAAUUCUGGUGGUUUCCUCAUAUGUGGAGUCACUUACAGCCCCAUCUUUUCCAAAACGAGUCGUCCCUCAUGGAGCAGAUGAUUCUCAACAAGGAGUUUGCAUUAGAGCAUGGGAUCCCUAUUGACAUGGGGUACGCGGUGGCCCCACAUCACUCUGGGGUGUACCCGGUCCAUAUCCAGCUCUAUGAGGCCUGGAAGAAGGUCUGGGGAAUAAAAGUCACCAGCACUGAAGAGUAUCCACAUCUGAAACCUGCUCGGUACAGACGCGGAUUCAUCCACAACAGCAUCAUGGUACUUCCACGACAAACGUGUGGAUUGUUCACCCACACAAUUUUCUACAAAGAAUAUCCAGGAGGGCCUCAAGAACUGGACAGAAGUAUCCAAGGGGGUGAACUCUUUCUCACCAUUCUUCUAAAUCCUAUCAGCAUCUUCAUGACCCACCUGUCCAACUAUGGGAAUGACAGGCUGGGGUUAUACACCUUCGUGAACCUGGCCAACUUCGUGCAGAGCCGAACUAACCUGAGGCUGCAGACCCUUCCUCCUGUGUCCCUGGCUCACAAGUACUUUGAGCUCUUCCCGGAGCAGAAAGACCCCCUCUGGCAGAAUCCAUGUGAUGACAAGCGACACAGAGACAUCUGGUCCAGAGAGAAAACCUGCGACCAUUUGCCAAGGUUUCUUGUGAUAGGACCACAGAAAACAGGAACAACAGCACUUUAUUUAUUUCUCCUUAUGCAUCCUUCCAUCAUCAGCAAUCUCCCCAGUCCAAAAACCUUUGAAGAAGUUCAGUUCUUUAAUGGAAACAACUAUCACAAGGGAAUUGACUGGUACAUGGAGUUCUUCCCCACGCCCUCCAACACCACCACAGACUUUCUGUUUGAGAAGAGCGCUAAUUACUUCCAUUCGGAGGAAGCUCCAAAACGAGCAGCCUCUCUGAUCCCCAAAGCCAAGAUCAUCAGCAUUCUCAUCGACCCCUCCGACCGUGCUUACUCCUGGUAUCAGCAUCAGCGAUCUCAUGAGGAUCCAACGGCUGUGCGGUUCAACUUCUAUGAUGUGAUUACGACAGGAUCCUGGGCACCGUCAGAGUUAAAGGCUUUACAGAAGAGAUGUCUGAUCCCGGGAUGGUAUGCGGUCCACAUAGGGAGAUGGCUCAAUUACUUUGCCACUUCGCAGUUGCUAAUCAUUGAUGGACAGCAGUUGAGAACUGAUCCAGCUACUGUGAUGGAUGAAGUACAGAAAUUCCUGGGAGUUACUCCUCAUUAUAAUUACUCUGACGCCCUAACGUUUGACCCUCAGAAAGGCUUCUGGUGUCAGUUACUGGAAGGAGGAAAGACAAAAUGUCUUGGAAAAAGCAAAGGCCGAAAAUAUCCUUCAAUGGACCUAGAGUCCAGAGCGUUCCUCUCCAACUACUACCGGGACCAUAAUGUGGAGCUGUCCAAACUGCUGCAUAGACUGGGGCAGCCCCUGCCAUCUUGGCUGAGGCAGGAGCUGCAGAAAGUGAGGUAGCAGCUAAAACAAGGGACCAAGCCUCUCCUGCCAGUUACCAUCACUAUUUACAAAAAAGAAAAGGAAAAACUAACAAAAAAAAAAAAACCAACCAACUCCACAACCGUCACUUCCCCCACGCACUUGUGAUUGUAAGUAGAGGAACUUGUAAAUGACUUUCAGCCUUUCUCAAAGAAAAAGGCAGACAAAAAGGGGGAGAAAAAGAAAAACU